UUGAGGAAUCGCCGAGUAAUGUGAAAAUACACGGAGGCUACUUUGAAGACCUAGUAGAUAGUUAUAUUUAAAGUGGAAAUCUGACGUUGAAAAGUAGAAAUUAUAAACUUUUAAAAAUAUAUAUAUUUUUUAUGUUAUUUAUAUUAUUAUUAUCAAUGGGGUAUGUCAGAUGAGCUGGUAGCAUUGAAUAAGAUAACCAUUGGCACAAUUUGGGAUUUCAUGAAACUUCCGUGAUAAAAUAUUCGGUCCGCAAACUUCGGCUGAAGAUCAGAAAUGGUCGCUCUAACGUGCGGGAGGGAAAAACAAACUGCCCUCGGUUGGGUUAAGAAACAAGCGGUGCAAGGUCGGGAAAAAAAUGGAUGUCUCCGCGUAACGAAAUGGUUGGAUGGGGAGAGAGAGGAGCUGCUGCUGCUGCGCGUUGAGUGGAGGGAGACGGCGAGUGAGAUGGAGGCGGGGGGGAAGGACCAUCUCUGCGGGGACUGGAGCCCGGGACCGACGGAUCAGAGCUGGCUGUCGUUCAACCCUCCCCUUCUUCCUCCACAACGACGCCGAGAGACAGGUACGCCAACAAAACAGCCACUCGGUUCCAGCUGCCGUAUCCAAUACAGUACAUCCAGAAAUGAACGGGGAAAUGGAGGCAGCCGCCCAAGACAAAGGUGGGAUGUCGACAUUGUGGGCGCAGGAGGACCUCUUGAAAUUGCUUGAGUCCAUGAAACUGGCCCUGCCUCAGAAAGACCUGACUAAAUACAAAACAUCAGAGUCCCACCUCGACUGGCAGAAGGUGGCCUUUAAUUCCUUCACAGCAGAGAUGUGUAAGCUGAAGUGGACGGAGGUCUCGAAAGGGAUUCGUAAAUUCCGGAUUCUGACAGAACUGAUAUUUGAUGCCCAAGACUACAUCAAUAACCCUUACAAGGGCAAAAAGAUAAAGAAACACCCAGAUUUUCCCAAGAAGCCCCUGACUCCGUACUUCCGAUUCUUCAUGGAAAAGAGGGCCAAAUACGCAAAGUUGCACCCAGAGAUGAGCAACUUAGACCUAACUAAAAUCCUCUCCAAGAAGUACAGGGAGCUGCCUGAAAAGAAGAAGAAAAAGUAUGUAGAGGACUUCUUACGAGACAAAGAAACAUUUGUGCACAGCAUGAUGAAGUUCAGAGAACUGCACCCGGACCUGAUGGAGAGCAUGACCAAGAAAGGUUCAAAUGUACCAGAGAAGCCCAGAACACCCCAACAGCUGUGGUACAACCACGAAAAGAAGGGUGUCCUCAAGACACGCCCGGAUGCGACCACCAAAGACAUUAAGGACAGUCUCGGCAAACAGUGGACGCAGCUCUCUGACAAGAAGAGACUGAAAUGGAUCGCCAAGUCUCUGGAGCAGCAGAAACUGUACCAGGGGAUGAUGCGGGAGUACAUCCAGCAGCACCCGGAGCUAAACAUGACCCAGGAGGAUAUCGUCAAGUCCACCCUGACCAAGGCCGAGAGGCACCUGAAAGACAAAUCUGACGGCCGACCCGACAAACCGCCUCCAAACGGUUACUCGAUGUUUUGUGCGGAGUUGAUGUCGAGCAUGAAGGACGUACCGAGCACAGAGCGUAUGGUGAUGUGUAGCCAGCGGUGGAAGCUGCUGAAACAGGGGGAGAAGGACGCCUACCAGAAACGCUGUGAACAGAGGAAGAAGGAUUUUGAAAUUGACAUGAACAGAUUUCUCAGCAGCUUGUCAGAGGAGGAGCAACACCGGGUUUUAUCUGAGGAUAAAUUAGGUUUUAAGAGGGGCGGAGCCAACAGUCCUGCCGCCAAAAAGAAGGCCUCUAGAGCGAAGGCCAAUCCAGAGAAACCCAAAAGGCCGAUUUCAGCCAUGUUCAUCUUCUCUGAGGAAAGGCGUCCCAAACUGCAGCAGGAGCGGUCGGACCUUUCUGACAGCGAGCUCACACGACUCCUGGCUCGCAUGUGGAAUGAGCUGCCCGAAAAGAAGAAGGAGAAGUUUAAACGCAUGGAAGCGAUCCUGAAGGCAGAGUCGGAGAAGAAGGAGGAUCGCAGUCGUCUGCCGGACCCUCCAAAGACUGCUCAGGACAUCUGGCAGCAGAGCGUCAUAGGAGACUACCUGGCCAGAUUUAAGAGUGACCGACCGAAGGCACAGAAAGCCAUGGAAGCAACCUGGAGCACCAUGGAGAAAAAAGAGAAAAUCGUGUGGAUCAAAAAGGCAGCCGAGGACCAGAAAAGAUACGAGAGAGACCUGUGUGAGAUGCGCUCACCUGCUGCUGCCAUUGCCUCAGGGAAGAAGAUGAAGUUUGAGGGUGAACCUAAGAAGCCGCCAUCAAACGGAUAUCAGAAGUUCUCUCAGGAGAUGCUGUCCAACGGUGAGCUGAAUCACCUCCCGAUGAAAGAGCGCAUGACUGAGAUCGGCAGCCGCUGGCAGAGGUUGACGCUGAAGGAGAAGGAUCGCUACAAGAAGAUCGCUGAGGAGAAGCAGAGGCAGUACAAAGGCCUGCUGGAGCAGUGGCUCGCUAGUUUGUCUUCACAAGAGAGAAACACCUAUAAAGAAUAUACUUCGCAGAAAAGAAGAACUACAGCGAAACCAGGAGGCCCCAAGGCAAAGGCCAAGAAAUCUGACACGGAGGAAGAGGAGGAGGAGGAGGAGGACGACGAAGACGACGACGACGACGAGCGGGAGAAGGCUUCCUCUGACGCAGAUUCAUCCAGCAGCAGCAGCGACGAUGACGACGACGACGACAAGGAGGAGGACGAUGAUGAUGACGACGAGGCGGAGGACAAGGAGAACAAGUCGGAGGACAGCAGCAGCGAAUCGAAUUCCCAGGGGUCGUCGGAUUCUGAUUCGGACUGAACCGGGCCGACGUCUUCGUGAGACGAACUGAGCAGCGCUGAGCUGAGCAAGGAGUCGAGGGAGCUCUGCCACUGUGCCAACCCCGCUCUCCUCCCACCAGAGGGAGCCCCCGCAUCGCCUCAUUCACAUCACACUUCAUGUCGCUGCAGUUGGUGGUCUACUCAUGGAGGGACGCUGCCCUUAUGUCCAAAAUCAGUUUCCUUCCCUCCCCCGGUGCGAGACGGUCCUCUCACAUUACGGGCCGCUGACGUUAUGCCAAAAACAGCAUCCCACUGGUUUGGUGAUGUCGUGAACUUUUCUGCCGCUGGUUUCAAUCUUGACUCACAGGUUCAAUGGUUUAAGGUUAGGCUUUUAAUGUUGAGGGUAAGUUCAUUACCUGCCAGUGUUUAGUUUUAUUAUUCUGGUGAUUAGUUGAAGACAUGCGUUGUAACAGGCUUCAUAGAGCCAAAGAACAUAGUACGGUGGAUCACUUUAGGGAUCGACAGGGGGGGUGCAGGAUACCGAAAAAUUGCACUCUUCAGAAUGUUUCCUUUAAAUUUGUUUUUGUUCUCUAUUCUAAAUUUUCUGAUGUAGAUUUUAUCAUUUGGUUCUUAAAGAGGUGGUAUUUUUUCAGGAAAAAAAUCAAAGCCAUUAUGAAUGUCUUUUUGUUGCUGUUACUUACUCAUGUUCUCAUUUAAAAGGUGACCGUGCCUAUAUAAAGUAUUCACCCCCCCUCUUGGACUUUUUCAUGUUUUAUUGUUUUACGACAUCGAACUAAAGUGGAUGGGCUUUGAAACUCAUUAACAAAAACUUGUCUUUGCGCCGCAAAGUUUAGGGUGAGAACUGAGGGGAGACCCGACCUCAACCAGCUGAGGCGUUUAAAGGUGUAGCAGACCGAUCGAACUUUCAGUAAGACGCCGACAAGCUGACGGAACAAAUCAAUCUCUACAGAUGUAUCUAAAUCAAGUGCACGUUUAAAAAUAACCCUCUUGAUUACAGCAGUGUUCACCCUCCUAAACGUUCAAUAAAUGCAUCUUUGGCACCACUUACAACCAUGAGUCUAUUUGGACUAAUGUGCUUCUUGCACCGACACAGCCUGCUCUAAGCAGAUUUACAGCUGUGCCAUAUUCUUUGUUUAAUGAAUGACCGUACAGUGCUCUGCAGAUACAGGAGUCACACUUUUAAUAUCACAUAAGUGAUCUCAAUUCAAUUUAUUAAAAACAUUUGUCUGCACCAGUCGAUACCUUUUGGGAUCAAUUGUUUUAGUUUUACAUUGUAGGAUUUGAUUUAGAUCAGUUUGUGAAGAUUUGUUUUGUUGAUGGUCAAAAACACCUGAUUGCAUCCAUUGUGUUUCAGACAUGUAAAGCAAACGGUGUAAUACUUUUUGUAGGCGCUGUAGGAUCCGUCACCAUGCGUCUGUCAUUGAAAGGUGUGAUGGACAGUGUUUAUUGUGUGACCAGAGCAGUUUGUCAUUGAAGGGAUUUCGCUCGUUUUCCACACAUGGAGCGCAAUCUGUUUUUAAAUAAUACGUCGUACAGUUCUCUGAACCGUUGUUUUGUUUACAGUUUAUUUGCAUCGUCAUUGGGUUUGUUUUUAAUUGUGAGCAGUUGACUUCUGAUCCGUCGGGAAUCAUUUUGUGAAUGUCGAACUGAAUGGUUUUCAUCAUUUAUUUUUUUUGUUUUUAAUUUCUAAUGGUAUUGACUGUAAUCCAUUUUGGGUUUUAGUCCGAUGCUUGAUCCCAAAAACGUGUGCACUUAAUGUAAAUCUGUCCCUCUGCGUGAGUUUGCGUGCAUGCAUGCUCCGAACUGUGUAUAUAUGAGGGUGUGAGUGUUUCUUUGCUUUACUGUGUGCUGUUUUUACCGUUAUGUUGCAUACCAUGAUGUGACUGCAGCGUGCAUGUCUGGUCCUGUGUGGGGACGUCAUACCAAUACAUGAAUGUAGAUAUAUUGUUAAAUCUUUCCCCCCCCCCCCCCCAAAGGUCUUUAGUAAAUUUCCGUGUCGUUGGUUGAAAACGGACUAACGACACGACUUCCAUGACUUGUCAUUGUGGGUCCACAAACGGAUGCGUGGCAACUAGUAACAAUCUGUUAGUAAUGGACUCAUUUAGACCAUUAUGAGUCUCAUCCCUGUCUGAAACAUAAACCAGCGUGGACUAUUUAAAUAUUUCGGGGAGAGAAUAGGAAAAGUGAUGCUGAUAUUGAUAGAUGGGAGUUUGUAAAGGGAUUCGGGGAGCCGAGUUGCCGGGGGAAUUGGGGUUAAAAACUGUUGUAAUUUUUCCUGUAAAUACUGUUUUUGUAUCGAGUGCUUAUCGUUUUGUUAGUGCUUUAAUUUGGCGAACCCUCAUCUGUGACUUCUGAGGCCAGUGAGUUUUUCACUCACAGGGGAGAAGUUUUGGUUUAAUUCACCUGUUUUUAAGUUGUUUCUUCUCUCCCUUAUGUUGGUUUAUAGAGAUAUCUAAGACUGCAAAGCUUUACAAGUUUGUACUGCUGAUCAUUUGACAAUUUGGUGUUUUCUAUAGCUGAGGGUGUUCUUAUGUCCUUGUAGUUCAAGUAUUUGGGCAAAUAAAAAAAAUGAUCUUUAA